AUGUUAACACUUUAUCCAUAUGGCGAUUUUAAUAAUUUAAACACAUUGAGUGAAAAUAGUCCAAAUGAAUCGAAUGAACAAAAUUCUUCUAUCCAAUUAACCGGAUCAAUUGAAUCUGAGAUAAAUAUUGUUCCAGAUUGCAAUCAAUCAAUAACAAGGACAUCAUCAUCAUUAUGGUUUCCGCAUGAAUUACAUUUAUCAAGCAACAUUUUGAUGAAUCGAUCUUAUCAUCAACAUCAACAAUUGGAUGAGUGGCAAUCAUCAAGAUCGAUAAAUCCGGUGUCGUUAACUAAUCACAUGGUCGAUACAAUAUCAAAUACCAAUACAAAUAAUUAUCUAUUGGAUUUGUUCAAUACUCAACAACAGACAGCAACUAUCGUAUAUGAUGAUGAUGAUAACAAUGACAACGGAGAUGCCAAUUCAACUGUACCCGAUGAUGAUGGUACACUAUUUACGAAUCUAAUUGAUCCAUCAUUAUCAUCAUCCGCAUCUGCAUCAUCAUCAUCGUCAGCAUCAACAACGAAUCAAAGUCCAACAAUAAAUGAAAUGAAUACACAACAAACACAACAAUGGUCAACAACAACAACCACUGCAAACAACAAUAACAAUGUUGGAAAUAAGAAGAAAAAGACCAGAACAACAUUUACAUCAUAUCAGUUGGAUGAAUUGGAACAUGCAUUUCAACGAGCACCAUAUCCGGAUGUAUUUGCACGUGAAGAAUUGGCUAAUCGUUUGAAAUUAAGUGAAUCUCGUGUUCAAGUUUGGUUUCAAAAUCGACGAGCAAAAUGGCGAAAACGUGAACCACCAAGGAAAUCAUUUCUAAAUUCGGCAACAAAUUUUUUCAACAAAAAUCAUCCUUUAAUGUCUAUUGGCCAUCAUCAUCAUCAUCGUCAUCCAAUCAAUACAUCAAAUUUGGUCGCAAUGGCCGCUCCAAAUAUCACACCAUCAUCAUUAUCAUCAUCAUCAUCAGGUCAUUCAUCUAGUUUGAUGUUUGGCUCGAAUGUCAAUGGCACAGCAACUAUCAUGUCGAAUUCAUCAUCAUCAACAAUAACUAGUCCUCAUCAUUAUCCAAAUGGUGCCUAUAUAUCAUCAUCGGCCAAUAUUAUUGCUGAAUCAAAUUCCUCUUCACAACAACAAACCUCGACAACGAGCAUAAUGACAUCUACGUCAUCCAAUCAGAAUCCAUCUUCGAUAUUCACUACCGCUAUCAACAAUAACAAUGAUAAUUCAUCAUUGAAUAAUCAUCAUUCUUGGUCUGGUUGGCCAUCAACAACAACGAUCAACGAUCAUUAUGGACAACAACAUUUAACAAAUCUUAAUUAUACGGCUAGUCCAUUAUCAAUGGAUUCUAUUUAUCAUCCGAAUAACCAAAUCAACAUACCUGCUGCAGCAUACGGUAAUCAUCAUCAUGUAGGUUAUGGCACAACAAUCGGUUAUGGUUCACAAUAUAAUCAUCAUCAUCAUUCACAUCGUCAUUAUGAAACACCAUUCAUUAUGGAUAAUAAACCAAUCAUAGCAACAUCAAUUAUUGGCCAAAAUGAUUCGUUAACAUUCGAUAUGACAACACCACCGACAUCAUCAUCAUCAAUAAACAGUCCAAAUAAUAAUCAACAAGUUGAAACAGAAUCAAAAUUGUCCAAUAUUAUUGUCGAGCAUAAACAAUCAUCAUCAUCAUCAUCAUCGCCAACACCACCACCAGCACCAUCAUCAUCAUCAUCAUCACCAUUAUCAUCAUCAUAUCAAAUCAUAAAUGCACAACAACAAUCAGAAACGGAUGCACAUCAUUCCGAAUAAUCAUCAUAUACAAUACAAUGUACAAAUCAAAAUCAAUCAAACAUCAUCCUUUGCACACAUUGCACCAAUAACACACACACAAACCUUGGAGCUAUCACCACAGAAUGCCUU